UUGAGUUUAGGUUAGGAACAGUUUUGUGUGCCAACCAAAGAUCACGUGAUUUAACUUUGACAGGUGGAUGGAUUCCCUAAUUACCUAUACCACCAGAAGGCCCACUCUCUUUGGCGGGAGAAGUACGCGCAACUCGUUCGCGUCUGAGGCUGAGGAAUCGGCCAUUUGUUGGGAGGAAGCAGUGCUGUUCAGUGGAAUUUCACCUCGUGUGCAUUAGAAAUUUCAGUGGUAGCGUGUAUUGUGUAUUCACUGUCAUUAAUUUGUGUUGUGUCACGUUGUGUUGUUAUUGUGGAGUUAUCGUGUGCUAUACAUAAAUAAAUAUUAUAUACAUAUAUUAUUAAUAAUCUAAUAUAAUUAUUAUUAACAAUAUUUAUAUUUUUAAUAAUUAUUAUCAAUUGUUUAUCUAAUUUUAGGCAAGAUGGGCAAGUCACAUCUAGUAUGUGCAGCUAUAAAUUGCAAUAGCAAAGCUUAUAAUUGCAAUUUGUCUUUUUUCCGUUUUCCAAAAGACAAGGAAAGAGCUCUAGUAUGGCUGCUGGAAAGUGGUCGGGAAGACCUGCAAUGUAAAAUUGAUAAGCUGGAUAGUUAUAGAUUAUGUGGGGCUCAUUUUGAGGACAAGUGUUUUAAAAACGAUUUGAAAAACCGUUUGUAUCCACAUGCAAUACCAACAGUAUUUCCUUGUUUAGAAGGUCCAAGCUCUGUGUCAUCGAAAGAGAGCCAAAAGGAACAUAAUUAUGCUAAGAGUUCAUUAAAUCCUCAAACAUUUGAAGAUGUUAAUGAACCUCCUAGCAAAAUUAGAAUUUUACAGGACAUAAUUAUAGUGGCAGCUUCCACAUCUGACUCUGAAAUGCCAAGUUUACCAAGUACACCUCGUAAAGUACCUGUUCCAGUACUCUCUUCCGACAGUACCCAAACUGACUCCAAUUUGUCAUCUAAUUCGCCUAGGAAACAACAACUCAGAAAAGUUGUGAAACAGCUAAGAAAUGAAAAUAACCGUUUAAAAAAGAGAAAUGAAAAACUUGAGCAAGAAUUAGAAUUCCUGUCAUUUGCAAUAUUCUACAUGUUCCACUCAUUAAAACGCCCAUUUGGUGAUAAAUAGCAGUCUGAUUUUUGCAUGAGAGUUUAAUCUCUGUUCGGGGAGUUUAAAGGCCCCGUCUCACCAUCAAAUAAUUGACAGUUAAUUUGAUCAAACUUGACAGUUAGUGACACAAAGUGACAGUUAGUAUGUAUAGUUUGUGUCACUAGUCAAGUUUGACUGUCAAGUUUGAUCAAAUAACUGUCAAUUAUUUGAUGGUGAGACGGGGCCUUGAGUCUGUUCUGUCGGACAAAAUAAAUGUGCCGUUUUCGUGGCCUGACCGUUCCAAAUUUUUAACCUAUUCCACAAUUAAAACUUCCCCUGUUCCAGUGUUCCCAUAUAUCAAAGUUUAUCCGACUAGACACCCUUAAGCUAUUAACAAAUUUUCAGCUUGCUAUUAAUAAACUUUUUUGCAUACGCGGGAUCCAGACCUACUAAUUAUGUGAAAAUUUAAAAUGAAAAUAAACAAUUUAUGAAUGUCA